AUGGCAGUGUACUAUAAAUUUAAAAGUGCAAAAGAUUACGACUCAGUUGCAAUUGAUGGUCAUUUUAUAUCUGUUGGACUUCUGAAAGAAAAAAUAUUUGAAUCAAAGCAUUUGGGCAGGGGUACUGACUUUGACCUCGUUGUCUCGAAUGCCCAGACUAAUGAAGAGUACCUUGACGAAGAAAUGUUAAUUCCAAAAAAUACUUCAAUCUUAAUCCGCCGUGUUCCUGGACGGCCUCGGAUGCCCAUAGUUACUGCACCAAUCACUGCACAAGACGAGCCAAGGUUGGAAGAUAAUUAUGUGGGUGUUCAUGCUAUAAAAAGUAGCUUUGUGGGAGCUGAUUCAUCUGCCAUGGAAUAUACCCAAGAGGGAGAAUGGGAUGAAUUUGGAAAUGAUCUAUAUGCAAUACCAGACCCUGUGCCAGUACAAUCUAGUAAUCCUGUUCAGGAUGCUCCUAGUAAAGCUGAUGAGGAUAGCAAGAUCAUGGCUUUGAUUGACACACCAGCCUUAGACUGGCAGCGGCAAUCUUUUGAUGGCUUUGGCCCUGGUAGAGGUUUUGGACGGGGCAUGGGCGGACGAAUGAUGGGCGGACGUGGUUUUGGUCGAGGAGGAUUCGAGCGGAAAACACCGCCUCUGGGAUACACAUGUCACAGGUGCAAGGUGUCUGGGCAUUUUAUACAGCACUGCCCAACCAAUGGAGAUCCAAACUAUGAUGUAAAAAGAGUGAAACCUCCCACUGGAAUUCCAAAAUCCAUGCUAAUGGCUACACCUGAAGGUUCAUAUGCAUUACCAAGUGGGGCUGCUGCAGUGUUGAAGCCAAAUGAGGAUGCCUUUGAAAAAGAAAUUGAAGGGAUGCCUUCUACGCGUUCUGUUGGUGAUCUUCCUCCGGAACUUCAUUGCCCUUUAUGCAAAGAAGUAAUGAAAGAUGCUAUGCUUACGAGCAAGUGUUGUUUUAGGAGUUUCUGUGAUAAAUGUAUAAGAGAUUACAUCAUUUCUAAAUCAAUGUGCGUUUGUGGUGCCACAAAUAUCCUUGCGGAUGAUCUGUUGCCCAACAUGACAGUAAGGGAUACUAUUAAUCGAAUUCUUGAGUCCAAUAACAGCAGUGCUGAAAAUGGCGGGAGUAACUUUCAAGUCCAAGCUAUGGAGUCACGCAAUCCGCAUCAUCAGGGUUUAUCUCCUACACAAUCUGUUGCCUCAAAAGGAGAGCAAGUGAUGCCAAGACCACUCCCUCCUCAAAAGGAAGAGAUUUCAAAGAUAGUAGAGUCUGCUGAAGAGCACAAGGAACUUGUUGCUCCAGACCUGAAAAUUGAGAAAGGUAGAACUUCAAAAGUGGCAGAUGUUUCAGAAGUUAUACACGAGGUUCUAAGUGUUAAAGAACCAGCAUCACAAGGAAAUGCUCCAUUGGCUGAUGAAGAAGUGCAGCAGAAACCAAUCUCUGGGGAUUCAGGAAAGAAGAAAAAGAAGAGAAUGCACUUACCUCCUAAUGUUGCAGAGAUUCAGUGGAGAACUAACCAGGACCUUGCAGCUGAGAAUUACAUGAUGUCUAUGGGGCCUUGUGCUUAUAAUCCAUAUUGGACUGGCAUCCAACCUGGAAUGGAGGCAUUUGUACCCCCUUAUGGUGGUCCCAUGCCCUAUAUGGGUGGGUUUAGUCAUAUGGAUCUUGCAUUGGGAGGUGUCUUACCUCCUGACCCAUUUGCGGGACCGGGUUUUAUGUUGCCUUAUGGCCCACCUCAGAGGGACCUUGCAGACUUAGCAAUGGGAUUUAACACUGGGCCAAGGAAAAUGAGCAGAGAGGAUUUUGAAGCUCGUAAUGCUGAUUUCAAAAGGAAGCGUGAAAUGGAGAGGAAUGGUAUUAGGGAGUUACCCAAGGAUCAGGAAUAUGGUAGAGAAAUGAGCAGCACUGGCAACAUUUCUUCUAUGAAAGCCAAAUCUAAGUCUAUUCCUCCUCCGCCCAGUGGAGACCAGCAUCAGCACUAUCUCCGCCAACCUGAGAGACCAUCCCUAGAUGGACGUUCCUGUGACACUGAACUUCCUCGCCUGUCAUCUAAGAGAAAAUCCGACUAUGAUGGAUACCACCACCUUCACAACUCUGAUGGCUACCAUCAACAAGAUCAGGGAGAAGAUCCUUGUCCAUCAUCCAAGAGUAAAUCCAGCUAUGAUCAUCACCACCACCUCGACAAUGGCUAUCAUCACCAAGAAGAUCAUGACCGCAGUGACUAUCCUGAGAACCACCGGCAUCGUGAUUAUCACAACCGCAGCAGCCGCCGUGGAUUGGAGUCAUCAUCAGCUGCUAAACCUCCCCCAUCAGUAGCACCUGCAGCGUUGGCCAGUAGUACCUUGACGAACGACCAGAAGCAAAAACCAAGCAUCUUUUCUCGCAUCAGUUACCCAGAAAAAGACGUGGCAGCUUCCAAGAAAAGAAAGGUGUCUUCAACCACCACAGUACCAGGCAGCACUUCCGGAAGCCACAGGGUGUCAGCGUCUAAUGGGUAUCAUGAAGAGCAUAAACCAGUAGCUGGGUCAAGAAAAAAUGCUGCUGCUUCUGUGGAAUAUGAGAGCAGCGAUGAUGAGAGGCAUUUCAAGAGAAGGCCAACAAAGUACACCUCAUCACCACCUCUGGCUGCUGCCGGGAAGUGGGAGAGCAAGGAGUCAAGGCAUUCCCGAGGAUCAAGGGAGAGGGAACGUGACAGAGAUCGUUAUGGCAAGCAUGGAUGA